GCUGUGGUCGCUCCAAGGCUGCGCGUGCAUCCCCACAUUAUGGCGGCUACCUACCGGCGUGGGGCGGAGUACCACUGCCACAAGGACAGCUACAGCGGCACGGACAACCAGCGCAUGGUGACUGUCCUCCUGUACCUGAACGAUGACUGGCGCCCAGGCGAUGGCGGUGAGCUGCGGGUCUAUGGUCACAAGAUCGACGAGGAUGCCGCCCAGGCGCCGGAAGGUCUGCGAAGGGAAGCUGCAAGUACGCCUGACAUGGACCGAUUUGUUGACAUCGCUCCCUUGAACGGGCGGAUUGUCAUGUUUCGCUCCAGGGACGUCUGGCACGCGGUUCGGGAGCCCAGGGAACAGCGCUGGGCCAUGACUCUUUGGGUCAUGGCCGACUAA